AUGAGAUUAACAAAUCUAACAGUUCAUUUGGCAAUCCUGUUCGAGCAGGAGAUCAUGAGUUACGUGCCGGCUGGCGGGUGCGGGAGCUACACCGCGUCGCCGGCCGCGUCCCCAGCGGCCGCGCGCUCCACACGCGCACCAGCGCCGCAGCGCAGAGACUUCGAGGCCAAGCUGAGGGCCUUCUAUCGCAAGCUAGAAAGCAAAGGCUACGGACAGGGACCCGGGAAACUUAAAUUGCACAUCCGUCGCGAACACCUUCUCGAAGACGCUUUCCGACGCAUUAUGUCUUGCGGCAAGAAGGAGCUCCAGAAGGGAAAGUUAUGCGUGCUUUGGGACGGCGAAGAGGGCUUGGACUAUGGAGGUCCCAGCCGCGAGUUCUUCUUCCUCCUCUCGCGGGAACUGUUCAACCCUUAUUAUGGACUGUUCGAGUACUCCGCGAACGAUACCUACACGGUGCAUGUUUCUCCGAUGUCGGCUUUCGUCGACAACCAUCAAGAGUGGUUCCGGUUCUCAGGACGCGUUCUGGGCCUAGCUCUGGUGCACGGGUACCUGCUGGAAGCUUGGUUCACGCGGGCGCUGUACCGCGCGCUGCUGAGGCUCCCCCCCGCGCUCGAGGACGUCGAUGCUUUGGACGCGCAGUUCGCCGCUUCUCUGCGCUGGUUGCAGUCGGCGCGCUGCGUGUCGUCGCUGGAACUGACGUUCGCGGUGUCGGAGCGGCUGGCUGACGGGCGCGUGCUGGAGCGCGAGCUGAAGCCGGGCGGCCGCGACCUGCCCGUCACCGAGCGCAACCGCAACGAGUACCUUGAGCGCGUCGUGCGCUGGCGCGUGCAGCGGGGCGUCGCCGCACAGACCGAGUGGCUCGUGCGCGGCUUCCACGAGGUGGUGGAUCCGCGGCUAGUGGCGGCAUUCGAUGCGCGCGAGCUGGAGCUGGUGAUAGCGGGCGCACCGGAGCUGGACGUGGCCGACUGGCGCGACAACACGGAGUACCGCGGCGGAUAUCACGACGCACAUCCUGUCAUCAUCUGGUUCUGGCAGGCCAUCGACAGGUUCACAAACGAGCAACGGCUGCGCCUGGUGCAGUUCGUGACGGGCACGUCGUCGAUCCCGUACGAAGGUUUCUCGGCGCUACGUGGCUCCACGGGCCCGCGCCGCUUCUGCAUCGAGCGCUGGGGCCGCGUGGAGUCGCUGCCGCGCGCGCACACCUGCUUCAACCGCCUCGACCUGCCGCCCUACCCCGCGCCUGCGCUGCUGCACGAGAAGCUGCUGCUGGCCGUCGAGGAGACCAACACCUUCGGCAUCGAGUGA